GCCCCGCCUCUAAAACUCCUCUCAGCUUUUCCAAUCCUCUCAAUUUCAUACCAGCGUCAGCUUGGGCGUUUAUCUCUUCCGCUCGAAUGGCAUCAAUCAGUCUACGCAAGGCCAACACUCGGCUGCCGCCUGAAGUCAACCGGGUGCUCUACGUUCGGAACCUGCCAUUCAACAUAUCGAGCGAGGAGAUGUACGAUAUCUUCGGCAAAUACGGAGCCAUCCGCCAGAUACGCAUCGGGACCAGCAAAGAAACGCGCGGAACCGCAUUCGUUGUAUACGAGGACAUAUACGAUGCCAAAACGGCCGUGGAUCAUCUCUCGGGUUUCAACGUCGCCAAUAGGUAUUUGAUCGUGUUGUAUUAUCAGCAGGCCAAGAUGAGCAAGAAGUUCGAUCAGAAGAAGAAGGAAGAGGAAAUCACUAAGAUGCAAGAGAAAUACGGCGUUUCUACUAAAGAUAAGUGAACAUCUAAAUAAUAUGAGGUCAUCUUCUUUGUUUUGGGAGUUUAGGGUUUUGUAUGAACUAUUCGAAUUAAGGGCCUAUUAGCUAUUAGCUAUUAGCUAAUAGCGUAAUACCAUGGCAAAUGUUGUUUGAA